UUUUCUUUGACCACACAAAUGUGUUAAAUAUAUUACUACUCUUCUAUUAAUUAUAAUGGAUGUUGAUGGUUUGCCGAUUAUUGGGCCUGGAGUGGAUUACACCCAGCCUUCCCAACAACUUGCCAGCAGCAACUUAAAGUUAGGAGAGUGGAAGAUUGAGCUGGUGACACCAAUUCAUCAGAAGAGGAUGUAUGCCUUCAUAAACCAUUUCAUAACCAACACUGUAUCUUUUCUAAAUAAAUUUUCACAAUCAUGUGAGCUACGUUUGGAGAAGUUUGAUAGUAGACUUCAGAAACUUGAAGCUUCACUCUGUAUUCUUGAAACUAAGCUAAAUUCCAUUGCGGGUCUUGAUGAGGUUCCAGUUACAGUGUCUUCUAGUGCAGAUAAACCAGAAGAACUGCAGCCACCAGUUACUACUGAAACCACAACAGUGCAACCAGACCCUCAACCACAAAUUGAUCCUACACUUUCAAAGUUUGUACGUAUGAUUCAAGUGGGGGUUCCAGUACAGGCAGUAAGAAUGAAGAUGCAAGCUGAAGGAAUGGAUCCAAGUGUUCUUGACAAUUAUGGAGCACUGUCCAAGGUACAAGUGAGGGAAGAGAUUGAAUCUGACACUGACUCCAGUGACUAAUUAUUAGUGAACUUAUGAAAACUUACAUAAAUAAAAGGAACUUGUUAUGUUAUUAUCAUUUUAUUUAAUAAACCAUAUUUACAAAUAA